GGAAAAAGGAAUUGAUUUAAGAAUCUGUAUAACAGCAAGAUACUAGAAGACUACAGAAGAACCUCUUUAUCCGAUAUUACUCUGUUAAUAUUGAUAAAAGAACAUUAUCUAAUCACGCCACUUUUUAGGGUGUUCCAGAUAUGACAAACAUCAAAAGGGGAAUAUAAGUUCAAGAAAAAGGAUAGAACUUUGGAUAAUGCUAAAAGAAUGAUCAGGUUAUGAGUUACAUUGUUCAAUGUUCUUCGAUUGAAAGAGGUUUGAAUUAAAAAGGGGGGAUAAGGAAAGACAGAGAGAGAAAGGGGGAUGUGGUUGCCGAAGAAUCAACCGGAGAGGAAGGAUGGAGUUCAGGGGAUAGUGGCAGUGGCAAUAGACAGAGACAAAGGAAGCCAGAAUGCACUCAAAUGGGCCAUUGAUCAUCUCCUUGUACGAGGAUCCACCGUAGUUCUCAUCCAUGUCAAGGUUAAGCCAUCUUCAUUGUCUGCAUCGCCUUCUCUUCAAGCCCCAAGGGCAAAUGGUGGUGGUGAUGAGAAUUCUUUAAUAUGCAAAGAUCCUGAUCCUCAAACCAGAGAAAUUUUCCUACCAUAUCGGGUCUUCUGUACACGGAAAGAUAUACAAUGUAAGGACGUUAUACUCGAAGAUGCAGAUGUAUCAAAAGCUCUAAUAGAAUACGCUUCACAUACAGCAAUCGAGCAUUUGGUUCUUGGUGCGUCAACCAAAGCUGGUCUGCUUCGAUUCAAGGCAGCGGAUAUUCCAGGAACCGUAGCAAAAGGGGCACCGGAUUUUUGUAACGUGUAUGCUGUUGCUAAAGGAAAAAUCCAUUCAAUGAGAUCAGCUACUCGUUCUGCACCAGCUAUUUCUCCUCUACGCAACCAGCUCACUCAACCAAGCAUCAAGUCAGAUCACUCAGACCCAGGACCAGGAGUGCCUCCAACUAAUAAUAACAAUAUGAGAGGACGUGAUAGGCGAAGCCUUGAUGGUCCUUAUAAGUCGCAGGAUGAAUCCGAAUCCUUCAGGUCACCGUUCACUAGGAGAGGUAUGAAUGGCAAGUCAUAUGGAGAACUGUCUAUACCAGAUACUGACAUAUCCUUUGUGAGUUCUGGUGGAAGGUCAAGUACAGAUCGCAUGUUCCCUUCAUUAUUUGAUACCCCAGACGCUGGAUUCUCCAAUCCACGCCUGUCUUAUAGCUCAGAACCAGAUAGUCAUAGCUUCGAGUCCUCGUCGCAGUAUGGGAGAAGGUCUGUGGAUAUGGUCAGCCCUCCUCCUGAAUUUUCAUCAAUUGCACAGGAUAGUGACAGACUUUCUUCUUCAUCGGGCCUGGAUGAUGUGGAGGCUGAAAUGAGGAGACUGAAGUUGGAGCUCAAGCAAACAAUGGAAAUGUAUAGUACAGCUUGCAAAGAAGCACUCUCAGCAAAACAGAAAGCAAUAGAACUUCAGCGAUGGAAGUUAGAGGAAGAGCGAAGGUUAGAAGAGGCAAGGCUAGCAGAGGAAGCUGCAUUGGCAAUUGCAGAGAAGGAGAAGGCCAAAUCCAAAGCAGCUCUUGAAGCUGCUGAGGCACAAAAGAGAAUAGCAGAACUGGAAGCACAAAAAAGAUUGAGUGCAGAAAUGAAAGCACUCAGAGAAGCAGAAGAGAAGAAAAAAGCACUAGAUGCCUUAGUAAAUAUAGAUGUCAGGUACAGAAAGUAUUCCAUUGAGGACAUUGAAGCUGCAACCCAGUUCUUCCAAGAGUCCCAGAAAAUUGGAGAAGGUGGUUAUGGCCCGGUCUAUCAUUGCUAUCUGGACCACACACCCGUUGCAGUUAAGGUUCUACGUCCCGAUGCAGCACAAGGAAGAUCACAGUUUCAACGAGAGGUUGAGGUACUUAGUUGCAUACGGCAUCCAAACAUGGUUCUCCUGCUAGGAGCCUGCCCAGAAUAUGGAUGCCUUGUAUAUGAAUUCAUGGCUAAUGGAAGCCUGGACGAUCGUCUAUUUCGCCGAGGAAACACUCCGUCUCUUCCUUGGCAGCUAAGAUUCAAAAUUGCAGCUGAAAUAGGCACUGGCUUAUUGUUCCUUCACCAGACAAAACCAGAGCCUCUGGUUCAUAGGGACUUGAAACCAGCUAACAUCUUACUUGACCGCAACUUCGUGGCCAAGAUCAGUGACGUGGGUUUGGCCAGGCUAGUCCCACCCUCUGUGGCUGACAAUGUCACACAAUACCGCAUGACAUCCACUGCUGGAACUUUCUGCUACAUAGACCCAGAAUAUCAGCAAACAGGAAUGUUGGGGGUGAAGUCAGACAUAUAUUCCCUUGGGAUCAUCUUCUUGCAGAUACUAACAGCAAGACCACCAAUGGGUUUAACCCAUCAUGUUGAAAGAGCCAUUGAAAAGGGUACAUUCAAGGAUAUGUUGGAUCCAACAGUGCCUGAUUGGCCAAAAGAAGAGGCCUUGAAUCUUGCCGAGUUGGCUCUCAAAUGUGCAGAGUUAAGGAGGAAGGACAGGCCUGAUCUGGGCAAAGUCAUAUUACCAGCUAACAGAUUGAGAAUGCUUGCCGACAGUAACAAUCAUCAGUCACUUUUGAGUGGCUAUUUAAGCCCUCCCAAUCUGAGCCUAGUUUCAGCGCCGGUGGUAUGUUUUGCAUUUUCUGUCAACUUUUUCUUUUUCUUUUUUGCAUGCUGUGCCAAAAAAUCAGUGUUAGUAGUUUAUUCACAAUGUGUUGCUGGGUGCGGUUGUCCAGGUGCAGGAACAAAUCGGUUCCGCAGCCUAUUCUGGGGAGAACACAAGAAAUAGAUCAAGUCCUGCUUGAGGAAUCAAACAAUAUUUGAAGAAAAAGAAAAGAAACUUAUGUCCAAUCUCAAGGAUUAAUUGUAAAUCACUUAGGUGGAUCCGUAUAAUAUCAAUACUUGAUUUUCCAAUCCAUAGAUGCAGUUUUUCAAAUAUUCAUUUUUUUGUAUUAAUUUUUUUUA